AUGUACAAAAAUAUGUUUGCUUAUAUAAAACCUGCCAAAAGAGAGGAAAAGACAAAAGAAAAAAUGAUGGUAGAAGAUAAAAAAAGUAGAACCAUUAAAACAGAAUUUAAAUUAGAAAAUCUAAACUCCUGGAUACUUCAGAUGAAUCCAGAGUCACUAAAAGAAGUG